AAAUGUCGUUUAUUUCCAACGAACUAAAUAGAAUUCAAAAAAUCAUAAAUGAUUUAAAAAAAGAAAAAACUAUUCUAGAAAGUGAUAUAUCUAUAUGUAAAAAUAAAACCAAAGACCACGAACAAAACAAAAAAAUUAAUCAAGACCUAAAAAAUCUAGAAUAUGAAUAUUAUUCUUUAGGCAGAUCUUUAAAAAAUACAUUGGAACAACUAGAAAAAGAAAAGAAAAUCAAUAUCGAAAUACAAAAAACAGUUGAAAUAUUAAAUCAAAAAGCUGAUAUU